AUGGCGAUCUGGAUGUCACCAAAUAUCUCGUCAGUCAAGGAGCUAAGUCAAGGAGCUGAUGUCAGUAAGAGUAAUAAUGACGGUAGGGUUGCAUUACACGGUUCUGCUCAGAAUGGUCAUCUCGAUGUCACAGAAUAUCUCAUCAGUCAAGGAGCUGAGGUGAAUACGGGAGAUAAUGAUGGUAAGACUGCAUUACAACGUGCUGCUCAGGAGGGUCAUCUCGAUGUCACCGAAUAUCUCAUUAAUCAAGGAGCUAAGGUGAAUAAGGGAGAUAAUAGAGGUUUUACUGCAUUACCCCUUGCUGCUUUCAAUGGUCAUCUUGAUGUCACAAAACAUCUCGUCAGUCAAGGAGCUGAGGUCAUCAGUCAAGGAGCUGAGGUAAAUAAGGGUGAUAAUAGAGGUAGGACUGCAUUACACAGUGCUGCUUUUAAGGGUCUCCUUGAUAUCACCAAAUAUCUCAUCAGUCAAGGAGCCGAGAUGAAUCAGGGAGAUAAUGACGGUAGGACUGCAUUAUGCUUUGCUGCUUUUAUGGGUCACCUUGAUGUCACAAAAUACCUCAUCAGUCAAGGUGUUGAGGUAAAUAAAGGAGAAAGUGUAUGGACUGAAUUACACAGUGCUGCUUUCCUAGGUCAUAUUGAUGUUAGCAAAUAUCUUAUUAGUCAAGGAGCCGAGGUGAAUAAGGGAGAUAGUAACGGUUGGACUGCACUACACAUUGCUGCACAGAAUGGCCAUCUUGGUGUCAUCAAAUUUCUCAUCAGUCAAGGAGCUGAGGUGAAUAAGGGAAAUACUGUGGGUGUUGCUGCAUUAUACAAUGCUGCUCGGAACGGACAUCUUAAUGUCACCAAAUAUCUCAUCAGCCAAGGGGCUGAGGUGAAUAAGAGUAGAUAUGACGGUAGGACUGCAUUAUUCAAUGCUGUUGACAAUGUUCAUCUUGCUGUCACCAAAUAUCUCAUAAAAAAAGGAGCUGAUGUUAAUCAUGGAGAUGAUAAUGAUUGGACUGCAUUACACAUUGCUGCCCAUCAUGGUCACCUUGAAGUCACCAAAUAUCUCAUCAGUCAUGGAGCUGACGGGAAAAAAGGAAAUAAUGACGGCUGGACUGCAUUACACAGUGCCUCUGAGAAUGGUCAUAUUGAUGUCACCAAAUAUCUUAUCAGUCAAGGAGCUGAGGUCGGUAAGGGUACUAAUGACGGUUGGACUGCAUUACACAGCGCUGCCAAGAAUGGUCAUUUUGAUGUCGUUAAAGUCCUUCUGGCACUCGAACAGGACGAUUUAACAGAUCUCCAUCUGGCCAUAGAACACGGUCACACGUCCAUCAUUGAGAAGUUAGUUUUUGAGGGAGCCGAUGUCAAUGUCCAGUCAAAUGAUGGCCAGACGUGUCUCCACAGAGCCAUUAAACUCUGUUAUAAGAGCGGCAGAAAUAUGCAUGACACGGAUACACUAAAAGAGAUCUCUGAUGAGUAUUACAAGGGCGAACAAUCUCCCGGGAAGGCCUUGGUGUUUUAUCUCCUGGAGAAUGGAGCCAAGUUAGAUGUGAGGGACAAGACAGGCAAUCUACCAAUCCAAUAUGCCAAGGACGAAGUAGUCAAGCAGAUGAUUUUGUCGAGGUGA